CUAUCAUCCAAUACAUUUCAAAGAUAGCUCUCGAAGAUACUCUAUCACCGGCUUUUCGAGAUAGAAGUGUUUACUUGUUUUGAGAGCCAAACUACGAAGAGGCAAGUGAUUAGCAUUAGAAUGUUUAACAUAACGAGGAUUGCGAGCACUACCUGUUCUUCGAGCGCCAUAACAAAAAUGUUCUCAUCUUUAACGAUCGCUACAAGUGGCAAACCCCCUCCUAGCAGUUGUUUUAAAGCAAGCACGCUGAAAUGCCAAACUGCCGGCCUGCAAACAACACCUGUGAGGAACGAUCUGAUGGAGUUUUUUGACAACAAGGAAAAUUGGGGUGAAAAUCAAGUGAGAGUCGGAAGAGCAUGGAGGAAAGAGGAACUGCGAAUAAAGAGCAACACCGAUCUGCAUAAGUUAUGGUUUGUUCUGCUGAAAGAACGCAACAUGCUACUUACAAUGGAACAUGAAUCUAAGGAGCAAACAAAACUCUUUCCAAAUCCGGAAAGGAUAGACAAGGUGAAAGAGAGUAUGGCAAAUCUGGAAGAGGUGGUGAGAGAGAGGAAUAGAGCAUACUUUGAACUUGAAACUGGAGAAGAUGGAGAGAGGCCUUGGAAGAUGCAAACCAAUCCCCUCGGGCUGCAUUUCUUCUACCGCAAGAGGGAGUACCCCAUCCCGUGGUUCAUGAACCGGCGCUGGCAGGAGACUCACUACAUCCACGUGCACCGCGGCCAGGCGGUGCGCAAGUUCCUGCUCCGCUACCGCGAGAGGCUGUGGCUUGCCAAGAGGAAGCAGAGGACGAGGGAUUUCAACCACGUGGCUCAUCUGUUCAAGCGCUUCCCGGAUAUGGACGUCGAAGCUGUGAGGAAGCACUACCCGGACGUGGAUAUCGAGAGGGCGCGACUGUGCAAGCGGGCCCGUGGGCACCACACCAAGAAUCUGUCGUAGAGUCCCACGCCUGUACUGCAGUGCUCCCGGCAUGGGUGUCAGUCGUAGUUGGGAAUUCUCAGACCGGCAGACACGGUUACGGGAACGAACUGCAAUCUUUGUGGACUGACACUCGGCAGAGUGAAAUUAAUGUGUUUUGUGUGCCUGCUGCACUUGGAGCUACAAAAUGUAUCAGAUUGCAAUAAGAGUCACAAUAUCUCUAAAACCUGUGUGUGUCUACUGUUCAUGAUCGUAGUAAGUGAUUUUGUGAUAUCUUCUGUUUGCAGCCAUUAUUACAUUCUGACAGUGUAAUGGAAAGAACGCUGUUUUUGUUAAGCACUAAUUAUGUUUAUAAUAUAAUAAAUAAAUUUGCAGCUA